UGUAGUUCCGCUUGUAGGCCGCUGGUCUGGAUAACAGCACACGAAGGAACCAAACAAAACAAAAUUAGGGAAACUUCCCAGGGAUUGCGCUAACACUGGUGCAUCUUCUACACAAUCAUGCCCGGCUUUACUUGCUGCGUUCCGGGAUGCUACAACAACUCGCACCGGGACCGCGAUCUGCGGUUCUACACCUUUCCGAAGGAUCCCACUCAGCGAGAGCUAUGGCUGAAGAACAUUUCGCGGGCCGGGGUGAGCGGCUGCUUCAGCACUUUUCAGCCCACCACCGGACACCGGGUCUGCAGCGUCCACUUUCCCGGCGGCAGGAAAACCUACACCAUUCGCGUCCCGACACUGUUCCCUCUGCGCGGGGUGAACGAGAGGAAGAGCAGACGGGGCAGGAGCAGGAAGGUCUCCGCGGUCGUGCCCAUCAUCAGCAACGUCGUUUCCACUGCUAACGAGUCAGCGCCAGUGGAGGAAGAAGGGGACACCGAAAACGCCACCGUGGUGCAGAUAGGUCAGAACGGCCAGUACAUCACCCCCGUGGACCUCCCACCUGCAGGAGACGGCUCCUGCCUCGCGGCGGUGGUCUUGGGCUCAGGUGGAAACCUGUCCGGAGGCAGCGCAUCGUGCCCCGUGGCCGAUCUCGCGCUGUGCGGGGUGGACCACUCGUACUCGCUAACCACCGGCACAACGUCCGCCGAACUGCUGCGGAAGCUGAACGAGCAGCGGGACAUCAUCGCGCUGAUGGAGAUCAAAAUGAAGGAGAUGAAGAACACUAUCCGACAGCUGCGGGUCAACGAGGCACGGCUGCAGGAGGAGCUGCGGGAGCGGGACCGUCUGAUCUCCGCCAACAACAUCAAGAUGAAACUCUGACGAACAACGCAAAAAAAAAACGAUGGACUAAGGACGCAAAGGACGGUCUGUGUUCGGUGCUUCUGUAAGACAAGGCGACGACAAUUAAGUAUCAUUGUAGAUCUCAUUUAAAAGUUUCUCCAGUUAUGUUAUGGUAGACGAGCUGUGUGUGUGUUAGAGCGCAGAUACGAUUUCAACCUGGUUGCACGAGCUGUCCGGCACAGCGCUACACGGGGACUGAGAUGAGUUCAGCAGACUGGUCCUUCGCAUUUUAUAUUUAAUUGUACACAUUUGUGCUGUUUGAGUGUUGGAGGCAGCAGACCCAAGAUCAGCCAACUGCCACAAUUCAUUAACCAUGUUACAUGCGCAAAGAGACUGCUUCAUACACGUGUCAACAACUGCUUAUAAUUUGGUUUUCUUCGAGUGCAUCAGAUCACAGCUUCUGGUUCAGAUUAACAGAUUCUUUACAUGCAGGUUAACAACACAGUUAGAAAAGUUGAUUGGUUUGAAGUAAACUGCUUUAGAACUAUAAA